AUGGACGAUCUGACGAGGAAAAGACGGGUGAGAGGAGCUCAUAGAGCUUCGGCUAGUAAACUUGUAGCGAAGAUAGUUGAAACGAUUCCGAGAGCGAUUGACGAGAAAGCAGAAAGGGAUUUGACAUGGCUGAGACAAAGCCAGGUCACGUUACGAGAGAAAGUCAAGAGGUUAAAGGAACUCGAUGAACAGAUCAUUGACAUACUAAGCACCUCGGGAGAUGAAGACGCCGAAGCACAGCUCAAUAAAGAGGUCGAAAGUUCAGACGAAGCGGUCGCAGAAUUUGAAAGGACAUUGAUGAAAAUCGACGACGCGCUGCGGGAAUCCGGUGAACAAAGACUGCCAUUGUUGACGACGCCAGACGAAGGAAACCUAGACCAGAGCCGUAUAUCGACAGCCAGUACGGGAAAGAUCGUCAGAGCAAAGCUUCCGAAACUAAAGCUUAAGAACUUCAACGGUAAAGUAUGUGAGUGGCCCGAGUUUUGGGACGGGUUUUCAAGCUCGAUAGACAACAAUGACGCAUUGUCUGACGUUGACAAGUUUGCAUAUUUGCGCGGAUAUUUGGAAGGACCAGCGAAGUCUACAAUUGCCGGAUUAGCGUUAACAGGGACAAACUACAACUGUGCAGUGGAAUUGCUUAAGAAACGGUUCGAAAAGAAAAGCAUAGUUCAACGAGCACACGUGAAUGAACUCAUACAACUGCCGGCAGUUUACAAAGAAAGGGACACGCAGAGACUACGGAAGUUGUUUGACAGCUGCGAAACGAAUAACCGCGCCUUGAGAGCCCUGGGGGUGAACGAGAACUCGUAUUCCGCUAUUGUUGUUCCGACGAUCAUGGAGAAGCUGCCCGAGCAGUUUCGCUUGACUAUUACGAGAGGGCAGAACUUCCUGGAGUGGUCAAUGGAGGAAAUGCUACAAGCCUUUGAGAAAGAGCUCGAACUACGUGAAGCGCACGAUGCGGUGGGAUCGAGGUCGGGUCGAGAGUACGAAAGAAACGAUGGGAGUUCGGCGUCGGGUAGAAAAUAUGGUCAACAACAUGGAACUGCAUCCACGUUAAUAGCGAGUGAAAGGAAGGGAAACUGUGCUUUCUGCCUGAAGAUCCACAAACACGAGAACUGUGAGGGAGUAAAGGAUCCGAAGACACGAAAGAGUUUGGCUCGCAAAUACGGUAGAUGUUUUGUUUGUUUGUCUAAGGGUCAUAGAGCCAGUAGUUGUAAGGUCGAGAACAAAUGUAGUGUUUGUGAUGGGGCUCAUCAUGUUGCACUGUGCGAAAUGAGUCCUAAGAGCGAGGGUAAGCAUGACGAAAUACCCAAGCCUAAUGACGAAUGUAAAAACGUACCCAAUAACACGAAUGUGCAUGUGACUACUCCUAAUAGUAACUUGCAUGCUGGAACUGGUAGCCUGGUUGCCUUGCAGACUGCACGUGGCGUUUUAAGGGGGGAAAGGGUGGUUAAGGUGCGGGUCCUCUUUGACGCGGGAAGUCAUCGUUCCUUUGUUACUUCCAAAGCAGCUGGUCUCGCGAAUCCCAGGGGUAUAAGAAGGGAAUUGUUAGGAAUUAAUACGUUCGGUCAAAAUGCGUAA